AUGUAGUACAAAUUUGAGCUUGGUUUCAAAAUGGGCCAAAGAUCAAGAACUAAACCAAACAAGGCAAUCCACAAACAUAUAAAAAUUCAGAGAGCCAUUCAAAACCGAGCAGAAUCCACCCGAAAACACAGGAGAGUUACCAGGAUGAAGGCGCUGCUGAGUUUGUGUGUUGCACUAGUGCUCUUUUGGUCCACUGCCCAGUGCCACCAUCACACACAGCACAGCAACCAUGGUGUCCACAACGAUUCUGCUGCUGGAAGCCUGAAGAUAUACAAGGAGAAUCUUGACUUUGCUUUCCAUCUGUACAAGCACAUCUCCGCCCUGCCUGCUUCUCAAUCCAAGAACGUCUUCUUCUCCCCACUGAGCGUGUCCGUGGCCCUGGCCGCUCUGUCCUCGGGAGCCAGAGGGAAGACACACCAGCAGCUCUUUGAAGGUCUGGGCUUCAACGAGAUGGACAUGACUGCAGAGGAAAUGAACCAGGCCUUCCAGCACAUCCAUCAGGACCUCAACGAGAAAACGGAAGUAGACCUGUCGCUUGGGAAUGCACUCUUCAUUGGAGAAAACAUCAAGCCAAGCCCUAACUUCCUGGAGAGCAUGAAACAAUAUUACCGGUCAGAGGGUUUUAGUACCAACUUUGGCAAUGCUGAAGAGGCCAAGAAGCAGAUAAAUAAGUAUGUGGAUGAAAAGACCAAGGGUAAAAUAACAAAGCUGGUUGAGGAAGUGGAUCCCCUAACAGUAAUGUAUCUCAUCAACUACAUAUACUUCAAAGGAAAAUGGGAGGUGCCAUUCAAGCCAGAAUCAACACUGGAAAUGCCAUUUUUCGUUGACAACACAACAACAGUUCAAGUCCCAAUGAUGAUAGAAAAGAACCAUUUUAAUGUUUAUUAUGACACAGAGAUCUCCACUCACGUUCUUCAGCUGCAUUAUAAUGAUUCUGUCUCAAUGCUGCUGCUCCUUCCUGAGGAUGGACUGCAGAAACUGGAAGAGGUCAUUUGCAGGAAACACGUGGCAAAAUGGCUGAAGUGGAUGAAAAAAAAGGAAUAUAAAGUGUAUGUUCCCAAAUUCUCUAUCACAACAUCAUACUCACUCAAGGACGUCCUGACUGGAAUGGGAAUGCCUGACAUCUUUGAUGAUGUGGCUGACUUCACAGGAAUAACUAAUGAAGAAGGAGUAAAACUGAAAGUAUCUGAGGUUGUUCAUCAGGCUUCUUUAGAUGUUGAUGAGGCAGGAGCCACAGCAGCAGCUGCAACAGGGGUGACGAUCACACUUCACUCGCUCAUCCGUAUUCCCUUCCUGAAGUUUGAUCGGCCGUUCAUGUUUCUGAUCUAUAGCACUGACACCAAAAGUGUGCUCUUCAUGGGAAAAAUAGUGAAUCCAUUGGGGAAAUAAAUAAUGCCAGGCUGCCAUUGUAAAUAAGAUUCCAAUCUUAUUGCCUGGCAAAAUGCAAAAAAGUUUAAAUAAAAAAGACAUGUUUUCUGUUUUUAUUUUUUAAAUAAAAAUGCUGAAUUUUUGCAUACACCCUAGGAUGUUUGCAUGCACAGCCAUACACAUUCACACAUGCACGCAGGCACACACACACACACACACACACACACACCUGAGCAUUAUUAUAUUUCUUCAAUGUCCUACAUAAAAAUGUUAUUCCUGGGUGACAUCUUCAAUAUUCAUUAUUCAGGAAAGUACUUUAAUAUAUAGUGUCAUCCAUGAAUGAUUUUCUGCAAAUGCCACAUCCUAAAAAGUUGUCUUAUUUUACCACCAAAAUAUAUUGUGUAACUUUUUUGAAUGCCUGUACUUGUUAUUAAACUUGAGAGUGAGACUCAUGAA